AUGGCAGAUGAUAUGGAGCAGCAACAAACCACAAACACUGUGGAGGAGCCUCUGGACCUCAUCAGGCUGAGCUUGGACGAGAGGAUCUAUGUGAAGAUGAGGAACGACCGAGAGCUGCACACAUACAAUCAGCACUUAAACAUGAUUCUAGGAGAUGUUGAGGAGACUGUGAUGACCAUAGAGAUCAAUGUGGAAACCUAUGAAGAGAUCUACAAGUCUAUGAAUCGCAACAUCCCUAUGUUUUGCGUAUGUGGUGAUGAGGUUGUCCUUGUGGCUCCUCGAUUGCGAGUUGGCUGA